AUGAAAGAUCCUCAAUUCUUUCAAGAUAAAGCAAUAUUGGCCCCUACAUUAGAAGCUGUUGAAAUGAUAAACACUUACAUGCUUGGGAUAAUAGCUGCACCAGAACAUGAAUAUCUUAGCUCCGAAUCUGUCUUACGAUCUGAUGAGGAUUCUGAAAUCCAAGGUGAGUGGUUAACCACAGAAUUUUUGAACGACACUAAAAGUUCAAGAAUGCCUAACCACAAACUUUUUGUAGUUGACACUCAAAUCAUGCUUUUGAGAAAUAUAGAUAAAGCAACAGGUUUAUGCAAUGGAACCAGGUUAAUUGUGGAUGGACUUGGUGAACGUUUUAUUGGUGCAACUGUUAUCACGGGAACAAAUGUCAAGGACAAAGUGCACAUUUUAAGAACCAAUUAA